AUGUCCAUCCAUACUGCUUUCUUCUGUGUCGGCUUGAUGUUUGAUGAGUGUGGUACAUACCAGACAGUCGCUGAGCAAUGUAACGACAAUGCAGCCAUCAUAGCCUGGUUANAAGCANUUGUCAUACGCUCGACCUCUUCAUCUCCAACUUCUUUGCAAUUUGUCGACAAGACAUUGACCAGGAGGCCUGUCUCGCUUGACACUCGCAACCUACUUUGCGAGCAUCUACCUCGGGAUAAGGUCAACCAUCUAGGAGNNCUCCUCUGGUCUAUGGCAGACAUGACUGUGAAAUCUGUCAGGGUGAGCUUCACCUCCCGUACUGGAAUGGUCCCCACUGACGAGAAGAGAAGUUNNGUUUUACUGCAAGCAGACAUACAUGAACCCGCCGAUGUACCACUCAUACCCUUCUCGUGGCAGACUGCGGUCUGGAAACAACAUCGAUUGAGUGCGACAAUCAUUGAUUGCUCCGAAUUUCGCUUUGCGAUCCUGAACAGCAAUCUCGAGCAUCAAAUCCAACAUUGUUUCGACUACAGAGCCCUCCCCUUUCUCAUACUGCAAAUCUACAUUGAUGAACUCUUGAACGACAUAGGAAGAGCAAAGAAGUGCGAGUACCGCAUCGAUCCGCCUCCAACAGCAGUCGAGAAACACGAACACCAUAUCAAUCUCAAACGACAAUGCCUCGCCUACAUUCCCUUCCUCUGCUGGCUCGUCGACUUUGAUGUCUUGAUCGAUACCCUCUUCGCCUGCGAGCCUUGUCUAAGAUCGUGUCUAUUACACGACGUGUCCAUCAUUCAAGCAAUACUGAUCUACGCCGAUCAAGAGCUCAGCCAGCUCAAUCAACUCUUAUACUUCCAACAACUCUGUUGCCAGCAUCCUCAUCCACUGCCUCCACCGACUCCGAAACCGCCAACGCCUCAUCCUCAUCCUCAUCCCCAUCCACCACCUCCACAGCCAGCACGCCACUCUUGCUGCAAUGACUGCACACAAGUCAAGCAUACAAGUUACCUGGCCUUUGUCCUCUUCCUGCCUCUCGCCGUGGCACUCACACUCAUCGCCCUGUACAUCCGUCACAACUGGUCGUUCAAAUGGCUCUUUUACCUGUUCAUCUUGGCAUUCAUAUGCCAUUUGAUCAUCCGACACUAUAUCCGGUUGUCUCUAGAGACGGUUCGCGAUAACUUCUCGGCAUAUCUGACCGAGACCAAGAAAGCAGUCGUCGCGGCAUUGAUCUUGAUCACGGGGUUUUUGCAAUGUUGA